AUGCGCGUCUCCAUCUCCAUUCUCGGUCUUAUGAGCGCACUUGUCGCUGCUGCGCCAACCGCCACCGGCGGCGGCGCAACAAUCUACAAGCAACAGAACCUCGCCGUCUCGCCCCUCGGCACGGAUAGCACUUCUAUUCCCGCAAACGCAUAUUGCACCGACUUGAACAACAUCUUCGGCGACUUUGACGGCAAGGUGCGCAGUCUGAGUGUGGAGAAGGGCGUCAAGUGCCAAUUCUAUCUGAACACCGGAUGUCCGACUGAUGGCACGAAGAAGGAGGUUGGUAGUAAGGACAAGAAGGUUGAGGAAAAGACACUGGCGAAAGAGUGGGAUGGAAAGAUUCGGAGUGUGUUUUGCCAGAAGAUCUAG